CGUCGGGUGUUACCCGAUUUGUGUCAAAGACGCCUCAAUCUCCUUGUCCCAUAUCGGCCCCACACAGACGACCUUUCCCUCGUCCCCCUUCUUUCCACCGCACCCCUACCCAACGACGACCCAAUGGGCAAUCCUGAUCGCCCUCCCCAGAAGAAAGCCUUGCUCAUCGCCAGCAAGUACAUCUACAACAAGCAAAGUUCCAUCGCAUCGAACGUCGACGACACGCAAGCCGCCGAGGUGCGCGAAGGUGCUAGCACUGCAGGACUCGGAGACCUUCUGCCCCGCCGCGCAAACCUCGCGUCAACGGUUGACCCAGCUUUAUUGGUUAACCCCUGCAGGGAUGCAUGGAAGUGGAAGAAGCUACUGAUUGACAUUUUCGGCUUCUCGGAGAACAGAAUCCGCACGCUCGUCGACGAAGAGCAUGACUGUCCUCAGGGCUCAACUCCUUGUCCGCCACCAACUUCUGCUGUCGGUUUGGAUGAGGUUCAUCAGCCCAACCCGCGCAUGCGACCAAAGAAGGUCAACAUCCUGCGUGAAUUGCACGAACUUGUGAGAGAUGCAGUCUCCGGCGACACGCUGUUUUUAUUCCUCGCCGGACACGUCAAUCAAUUGACUUGCGAUGAACAUACUGAAGCAGAUGGCCAAGACGAAGCGUUCAUACCGUCGGAUGCAUUUCGACCAUGGGAAUGUUUACAUAUCCCUUCUGUACGACGUGCAGAACACAGCAGUUGGCUCAAAGAUAAUGACUUGAAGAAGAUACUUGUGGAUACCCUCCCAAAGGGUGUUCGACUAGUUUGUGUUGUCGAUGCGUGCCAUUCGGGGACCUUGUUCGACCUACCACACGGUCCAUGCAACGCCAUCCGAAUCACUGCUAACCGUCGACCUAGGACUUAUCUUACCAAUGCCUCGUAUCGGCCCCUGUCUCGACAAUCAUCAAACACUCAGUCGUUGCGACAAGGGACUCUGUGCAAGAACGUCUUCUGCUCUCGACGUCAAUCAGCAGCGAUAGAAACGGCACCUAGGGAUCUGGGUCUAGCCAACACUUUGCACAGCAAGGAGAAUCUACCGUUGGCUGUACACACAGACCAGAAAGUCCCUCAACGGCGAAGCUCGACCCAUGACUCCUGCGCGCAAUGUAGCUGCUUCCCAACACGAGAUCCGUCACAUAGCUUGGGAGCUGUGGAUGCCAACUCAAGCCCCAUCACCGCGGACUCGGAAACCGAGACUCAUAUAUGCGAGUCCCCGACUAUAAUGUCGUCGUCGAUCUCAUUGGCCAGCGAAUCGUGUGGCGAGUGGUGCAGGCCCGAUCCCAGCUUUGCCGGAUCCCAUGUCGUCACAAUAUCGGCGUGCAUGGAUGACCAGGAGGCUUGGGAGAACCAGAAACUUGGCGGCACCCUGACACAAGUUCUGGUCCCAUUUCUCGCGAAGAACCCGAAGCCAACCUACCGAGCACUCAUGACGCAUACGAGCUCUGCUCUCGACAAGAUCGUCCAUAAAGCCCACGAUAGAUAUCGUAGGAAGCGAGACGCGGGUAUCUCUCCUCAGACCAUGGCAUACCAAGGCCCGGGCUACCAAGACCCUCAGCUAUGCAGUACAGCGCCGCUGGACUUGGAUCAACCGUUUAUUCUUUGACCACCCUGGCUCAUGCCGCACUACGAUUUCGAUGCUUUCACACUUAGAAACUAUCAGUUUUGCUGACUUCCCCACCAAGGGCCCUCGUUAUCUAUUAUUCGACCGAUACAGCGACUUCAAGUUAUACCCUCUUAUACCAUUUCGAACCCCAUAUUCCCGUAUACCCCCGUACG